CGUUUGAAUAUUUUCGAAAUCGGGUAAUCCCAUUCGAUUGAUGAUACGUGAUUUGAAAAUCGCGCACGAAGGAAAAAAAAAAGAAGAAAAAAAAAUUAACAAUAAUCGAGACAUACGAUUUGAUAAAAAUUGGAGAAGGAAGGAAGGUUCGUUCCCAUGGAUCGAUGAAAUUCGAUUGUCUUGCGAGGUUUGCGCGCGAGCGGGAUGCUAAACAGCGCGGUUUGUUGCGCAUCGACGCCUCUCGUCUUCGGUUGGAAACGUUUUCACUCACUCUCGAACGUUCCGUUCAUAUUAGACUCCAAAGAAAUUUGAAUAACAAUGUCAAUGAAGAAAGGGACAUUUUUUUAAAACGCUCGCGCGAAAUUGUGGAACGAACUCCUAGGUGUACAGUGUUCAAAGUGAAAGCAUUUCAGAGAGCGAAAGAGAGAGAGAGAGUGAGCGAGCGAGCGAGCGAGAGAGAGAACGAGAUAGAUAGAUAGAGAAAGAGGGAGAUAGAUAGAGAGACAGAGAUAGAGAGAGAAAGUUGAAAAAAGAUGUCGAGCGAGGAAGAAACGAAGGAAAUCAGGGAGACGACGAAAGAAGGAAAGGAGACUGCCGAAGAGGAUUUGCAGAUAUUCGAAACGCUUUGUAUAUCGUCGCCCGGAAAGGUCUUAUCCGUCUGACCACAGAUGCACCUUUUUUCCUUUAUUUUUUAUUAUCAUCGAAUCGCUAUACGCACUACAUUGCUUUCUGCAUCAUUUUACAUUUCAACUUUGUGAUUAAUGCACGAAAAUUUCCUCUACGGGGAAAGAAGAUAGAGAUGGAAGAAAAAAAACGAAAUUUGCCAAUUUUAUUUUAUUUCCUUCUCGAUCGACAAUUUACUUAGCGAGCAAACGCGUAUAUUUGGCGCGUUCUUUUUUUCUUUUUCUUUUCUUUUUUUUUUUUUUUUUUUCUUCGUGUUACGACCUUCGAACAAGGAAAAAGAUGAAUUUUAUUCCUUUCGGAAAGAGGAUCGAAUUUUAAUUAAACUCCUCGUCCCGCUCGUCGAUGCACGAUAAAUAGAAAAAUACACUUCACAUUAUUCCAUUGUCAAUGUGCAUGCUCGAUAUGUACCUACAUAACACUAUUCGUGCCGCGUUUCUUAAACGUAUUGACUGGCGCGUUGAAACAAGGGUUGGCUCGGUUGCCAUAGCGUUGGCAUAGAAUCGAUUCUACCUGUCGCCUUUAUCAGUCGGUUUCUCCUUCGUCUACUCUCGUUCACCCUCGAUUCUUUUCGUAUCUACGCCCGCGCCAAAUGUAAAAUCGGCUUUUUUUUUUACUAAUUUCUCCUUAUUUUCAAUCACCAUAUAUCGAUAAUCGAUAAAGUAGAGUAGAAAUUCACUCUAGUUGAAACUCAUGGGGAGGCGUGAGAAUAAAUACAUAAUGUUUAAACGAACGUAAGAAACGAAGAGGCGAUGACCCACGACUUAACGACCACGUUGAGGAGCGAGAUAGCAGCCCUCGAAUAUAAACGGGACAGGCUGAUGUCCGAGCUCCAAGAGGCUAAGAACAUCGCGAGAUCCCGGGAUCAACGAGUUGUGGAACUGCAACUGGAAGCUGAUCAACUUCGCGAGCAAGCGGCCAGGCAGAAUUCCAUCGUUUCGAGUUUAAAGAAACGCAUACAGGAAUCAGAGGAGCGAGAGAGGAAUCUUUACGCCGCCCAAGGGAGGAGCGAGAUCGCGUUGCAAGGCUUGCAACGAGACUCGAGGUAUCACGAGGAAAAGGUUCGAGAAUGCGAGAAGAGGAUACGGCAAUUGGAGCAGGAGGCACUGGACGAGAGGGAAUCGAAGGAGCGGGCCCGUUCCAGUUUUCAGGAGUUCGCCGGAAAAUUGGCGGGCGCGUUGACCGUCGAGUACCGGGAGCCCGUCCAUCCAAGCGCCGAGUUGGUGAGCCAAAAGGUGGAGGAGUUGGUGCAGGAGGCGAGCCGGCUUCGGGCGAGGAACACGGGCGUUGAGGCGCAGAUGGCAGCUCUGGAGGUGGAGUUGAGGGGGUGCAGGGACGCUUUGGACCGGGCAGUGGCCGAGAAGGAACAGCUACAACGCCAGAUGUCCUCCCAAUCGGUCGAUUUGGAUCGUUUGAAACAGGACAAGGAGUGCCUCGAGAUGCGAUACAGGGUCGCUGAGAGGGAAUUGAACGAGUUGAGGGAUAAGUUGAUCAGCGCGAACAGAAGCAUAAGCACGGCCAGCGGGAAUAUAUCGAGUCAGGAGGCGUUGAUCGGCCAGUUACGAGAAGAUUUGAUGCAGCGAGAAGAAAAAUGUCAGCGGGUGCAAACCGACUAUCGACACUUUUUGGAAUCGUUGGCGGUGCUGGUCAGCGGGCCGAACAGAUUCAUCGAGUCGCAGGAAAACGCGAUUAAGGACCGCGUUAGGGAGAUCCUGGCCGAGAGCAAAGAUCAGGCCCUUACUAUUCAAAGUCUUCGCGAGAAGGUGAACACGGCUGCGGAAUCAGCGAGCCGACAGAGCGAACUGAUCGAGGCGACAGUGGCCAAGACGCGAAGCUUGGAUGCAGAGCGGUUGGAAUUGGAGGGGAAAGUUCGAAAGAUGGAGGCCCAGUUGACCGAUUGCGAGCUGGCCAAGGAACGUUCUCGAAGGGACAAGCAAACGUUCGUCACGUUCUUGGACAGGUUAGGAAAAGCGAUGCAAAUGGACGAGAUCACCGAGGAAAUGGGCAUCGAUCUGCAAACGGAAUCGCUGUUGGUGCGAGGCGAGCAAUUGGCCAGAUUGGAGAGCGACAAGCUGGUGGACAAGCACACCACCCCCUUGCCGAGGAUUCGGCGCGAGCGAUCCUUCCACGCCAUUCUUCCCACUGUGAAACAAACGUCGGUGGUCUAUCAACUGCAACGCCGCGUGAGGACGCUACGAGAACAAUUGCAGCGCAGAGAUCUUCACUUGGAUCUUCUUCGUAGAAAAUUAUCGCUCCAAGAAGAGAGCGUUAAGAUGAAAUCGUUGCUCCAAAAUGAAAGGGACGAAGCGUGCCUCAGGGCGAAGAAGUUGUCGAAGCAAACGGAUCGUUUGCAGGCGCAAAUUUUGGAGGAGAGAUCGAGGAAUCGAGAAUUAAGCGCACAAUUGACGGAGGCCGCUGAUUACAAGAUAGCCGCUUUAGAGCGGAGUCGAAAGAUCGACGAGCUUCAAAAACGAUUGGUGGAGAGCGAAAUGCUGAGGACACGAUACUCGAGAAAAUUGAGCAUGUUGAAGGAACAAAUGAGAAGCGCAACCGAGACCGUCGAACAAGAGAGAUCCAUCAGCGAUCACUCGUUGCAAUUGCUCAGGGACGAGUUGGCGCAGGUUAAGCAAAAUCUUUCCGAAGUUACGAAAAGGGAAUCCCAAUUGCAAAGCUUUCGAGUAUCCGUGACGAAAUUAUUGUCGGAACCGAUCUGCACGCCCGAUUACGAGAUAAUUUCGCGAUUGCAGAAAAUGGUAGCGGCCCAUCGCGACUUCACCAUGAUUUCGCGUAGAUACGAGGAACCGUUGGAGACCAGCCCAUCCAGAUGCACCAGCAUACACGCGAUGCAUCCUCCCAGAUCGCCAGGAUGCGCACGAUACGAGGACAACGGGUUCGCAGAUCCCCCGGAUCUUCGAGACAUCGAAGACGAGUUCAACAAACGGCCGGUGCGAAGCAGCCUUCUCCCGUGACGUCGGCCUAUAUUUCGAUGCUAAACCCCCCUCCCCUUCCUAUAUCAAUAUCUCCGUCCAAAUUUAUUGUUUAAAAGUUUUCCUUUUUCUUUUAAUCGAACGUAUGAACGUCCGUUUCAUUUCUCACGCGACGAUCAUAGUAAGUCAUUGUUGAGUGCGCGAUUCGAUCGUGUGCGCGUGUGCGUAACACGGAGUUUGCGUGCAUAGCGUGUAUUGUAGAGUGGAACAACCGCAUUCCAGGAUGGUAUAGACGGUAGAGAGCGAGAAGCGAAGUUGCGCAGCCUGUGCUGCGCAACGCAACGCGAGACCGAGACGGGACGAAGAGAACUAGUUUGCCUAGUUGCGCGAUUCCCAAGAGGAAGCUCGGUCUAUAUUUUUCACAUCGAAUUAAUUAUUCGAAAAAUUUACUUCCUAUUCUCGAAAAUUUCUCGAGAAUAUAUCUUUUUACGAUUCAACGAAAAUAGGAGAUAGGUUUCAACGAAAAGGAUGAACGUUUUGGGAUAUAAUUUAUGAGGAAUGUAUCUUUAUAGAAAUAGGUUAGGAAAGAGCAUCGUUCAAAGUUUGGGAAUUUUAUUAGGAAGAUGGGGGUGCGUGAUUUUGCGGAACGCGUUUCUUGCUUGGAAGAGAAAUAAGUGUGCGUGUAUACGUACACGUGUACGACCACGAGUUGAUACGACUGGUUAGCCGUGAACUUGGCCAAGAGUGAACUACCUCUUCCUCUGCAGAAUCGUGAAUGCAAAGUCGCGCUAGCUUUGGCCUCUUUCUUAUCGUCUGUACGAAUGUGUGCGCUGCAGUUAUUUUGAAGGAGACGGGAACCAUGUUGUCUCUCGUUUUUAAACUCAACGCGUAAUAGCAAAUAACUAGAUAUUUGUAUGUAUUUCCAUGUUCUUCGUAUUUCUUUUUUUUUUUUUUUUCAUAAACGAUUUAUCAUUAACGUGAUUUACAUUAACUAUUUAACCAUUCGAUCGAUCGAUUUUGCUUAAUUAUUAUUCGAGAAUUUACCGCUGAAAUUUCUUUACGGAUUCUCGUCAUUGAGAGAAGAACGCUAGACGAGAUAAGAUAGACAGAGAGGAAAUAAUCAUUUCGCAUUUUUUAAUCGAAAUCUCACCGAUCCUGAAUUUCAUCGUGAAAUAUUUGUUUCGCGUAAUUUACCUUAAUAACGGAUGAUUCGCAUCGAGUGAAAAAUAACGAAAUAAAAAACGCUAUGUAAUAUAAAGUACGAGAGAGAUGUUUGCAUCUACUUAUUGAACAAAAUCACGCAUUCUUCUGCAUUCACGCUUACAUUUACGAUGUAUCCCAUACACACUCCCGCGUAAAUAUAAAUAUAUACGUACA